UCUUGUGCUGUCGCCACCAACCCAGACAGAACCUGGUAUGCAGUAAGUGCUCAAUAAGUGCUGACUGGAAGAAUGAAAGCAGGCAGGCAGGCUUCUGGGCCCAUCAUUGCGACUCCCAGAGUGGCGAACUUGCUGUAUGACCUUGGGCCAUGCCUCAGUUUCCCAAACUGUAGAAAUGGAACCACGCCCCCCCAUGACCUCACCAGUCCCUCCAGCUACAAGGCCGAGGGUGUCAAGUUCACGGCUCUGGCUCCCUGGGCCCUGCUCUGGCCCUGGCUGCCCAGCUCGGUCAGCUCCCCGGGGACUCGCUCUGCUGACACCGGAUUCUUUCCUGGACUGUCCAGCCGCCCGGCCGACACUCGAUCCCGGCCCCACUUCCAGGCCAGCGUCCGCCCGACCAGCCGGCUGGGGCCAGGGCCCCAAGACUCCCCGCCGAGGGACAAGGGGCUGUCUGUGCGUCCCCGGAGGGUGUGGUGAGGCCGGGGCCCUGCCAGCGUCCGCAGAAGCCGUGAGGAUCAGGGACAGUGCCGACACCCGCAGCCCAGAGCUGCUGCCGCUGAGGGAGACGCCAGGGCGGGCACUGCCGAGCCCCGUGCUCCCUGCAGCCCCUCACCUGCUGCCAUGGGGACCCUGGGCUGCGACCCCGCCCCGCGGCUGACCACAGCACCCCUGGGCCGGCAGGCCACCGAGUGCCAGAUUCCAGAGACCGGCCUGCGGAAGACCUGCGGGGCAGCCACCGUGGAGAAGGGCUCUGGGCCGGGCUUGUACAUCCUGCCAUCCACCGUUGGCUACACCAACCACGACUGCACCAAGGUGACGGGUCCCGCCUACUCGCUCUUCCGGAGGCCCAGCGAGGCAUGUCCGCAGGAUGCCAGCCCUGGGCCAAUCUACUUCCUGGACCCGAACGUCACCCGCUUCGGCCGAAGCUGCACCCCUGCCUACUCCAUGCAGGGCCGGGGUAAAUAUCGGGCUCUGGAGGUGACGCCGGGCCCCGGGGCCUACAGCCCAGAGAAGGUGGCCCCUGUUCGCCAGCGGACACCCCCGGCUUUCACACUGGGCUCCCGUCUCCGCCCGCAGCCCCCGGACACCUCAGCCCCAGCCCCCAACACCUACACGCUGCCCUCCCUCUGGGGCUCCCAGAUCUUCACCAAGCCCAGCAGCCCCAGCUACUCGGUGGUGGGCCGCACGCCCCCCGCCCGCCCGCCGCAGGACCCCGCGGAGAUCCCAGGCCCGGGACAGUAUGACAGCCCGGACCCCAACGCCUACCGCCAGCGCCGGCCGGCCUUCACCAUGCUGGGGCGGCCCCGGGCCCCGCGCCCCCGGGAUGAGACGCCGGGCCCUGGUACCCACAGCCCCGAGCAGGUCACCGUGACCAAAGCCAGGGCCCCGGCGUUCACCAUGGGCAUCCGCCACUCCAGACCAGCCGCCACCAUGGCCGCGGACACCACGCCCUGACACCCUGACCUUGGGUGUGAGCCCAGUCUCCCCAGGCUGUGAAGUGGGGUGUGGGCGGUCCCUCCUGGGCCUGGCCUUGCCUGGGGUGGGGGGGCCUCCUCCCUUCUUUUCUGAGUUGUCUGAGGUCCUUCUAGGCCACCUGCUCCCGCCAGUCCCCGGGGGCUGUGACCUGUGGCCCCGCGGCCCCACACUCUGGGAGCCUCUCCUGGCGCCCCAGUUUCUUCCGUCCUGGUCACGCCAGGUCAAGCCAGGCCACGUGGAGAAAGGGACACCCCUGGCCCUCCCCGCGGCCAGGCGACCGGCCGGAGAUGGAGCUUCCUGUGUCCUAGAACUCGGUGUCCGUCCCGCCAGGGCCUGGGUGAGCCACACAGCUCGGGUUUCUGCCAAACUUGGGCUCGUCCCUGCUUCUCAUGGAGCCGGCAGCCCGCUGGGGUCCCAGCCCGACGCCAGGCUGGAAGCUGCCCUGAUGCCCCUCCCCUCCACCCACCCACUAACCGCUCGCCAAUAAAUCUCUGUGUGGCACCGAAAGCUGUCGGCAUCUCACACGCGUGUUCAUU